AUGGGCGUUGCGGACAGCACCUGCUAUGUGGGGGGAUACUGUAGCCGGUCCGCGGGCGUCACGUUAACAGCUUGUCGCACUACUUGGAUACGGAAGAGCUCAGAACGCCGGACCGAAGGAAUAUUACAGUUGCGUCAAAAUCAGCUCGGUUGUAUGUCCGGCACUUAUCACUGUGCAAUUUGCAAUGUUGUUUGCGAUAGCGAACAACAACUACAGUUUCAUGAAUCGGGGAAGAAGCAUCGUGCGCAUUGCUUAAGAUCUCAGUCAAACGGUGAUGCUGCCUAUUCGGGGCUCACUAUCGCCCUGCCCCGCCAGACUACGCCCCAUUCGUCACCCGUUCGUGGCGAGAAAUCAAAUCUGUUUGCUUGCACUCCUUUGGAUGGUUCCACAGGCGAUGGUAUUUCUCGAGGAUCUCAUUAUUGCGAUAUUUGUAAAUGCCACACCAACUCACCGGAGCAGUUUUCGAUUCACAUUGGUGGUCAGAGGCAUCAACGAAAACUGAAGCUUGCUUCUUUAAAAUCUGCGAUUCAAGAGAUGGCUGAAUCAACUACCACCGGCCAGAUGGAGUUAGAAAGUUACGAGAUCACCUUGAGCAGUCCCAACAACUCGGGUUCUACCAGUCCUGUGCACGAUAAUCUCGCUGUGGAUACCUUGUCUCCUUCCGUAUCGGACAAACAUCCUACUAAGGAUUAUUUGGUCUGGCGCAAGUUUCAACGUAGCUGUAGGGAAUUUCUAGGCCCCAUAUGGCCCCAUGUGACCUUUACUCAAGAGGAGUCCGAUACGUUGCUAAGUGCCUCAGAAUCUGACAACGAUUGUGUCCUCCUCCUUCCUAACCCACCGAAUGAUUGGUUUCUCAUCGGCAUCCACCUUAUCACUGCUUUGUUAGAGGCAAACAAGUCCACUGAGAUAACGGGAUCGACAACUUUGGCAGCUUGGAUUAGUCCGAAUCGACAGAGCGGGCCUGAUCCCCAGUUGUUCUCCACCUACGUCUUUCCCUGGACUUGUUGCCCUGGUACUCGCAGUCGCCAUCUGCAGUUAGGAGAACCCCCACUCAAUCAACCCUGGUCUGUUUAUGACCUGCUACUUCUAGACGCAGAUGACGCGUGCGCUGUACUGCCGGAGAUGCUGUUCAGACAGAAUCUUGUAUGCGCAAUUGUGGUGCAGGACGCCAGCGUCCUAGGCACGCACUCUAAACUCUGCGAUAUGUUCCGCUCGUAUCUCCAUCAAUUUCCACUGGAUAAAAACCGCGCUCGUAUUAUUUGCCUCACUUCCAGUAGUCUUCCCGCUGGUUGUCUUUUCAAUCUAUUUGAACUUGUCAACUUUGCGCCACGUACGUGAACUAGGAACCAAAAUGCACCAGUUGGACAUCUAACUGGGGAACUCCAAAAACUUCACUUCUGAACUGCUAUAUCGUUUUCCAUCACCCUUGUGCCACAUUGUUCACUAUUUUGCUUCCUUCGUCGCAUACUUUUGGUACACGGGGUUAAAAACUUCGUUUUGCCCCCAUUCAUUUUGUAAAAAUAUAGUCAUAUCAAAAGUG